GCACCAGCGCCAGUCCUCGCCUCACAUUCUCCUUGUCCUUCUCUCUUUCCAAAAUAAUAUUAUAUAUUAAUCCUCAAAAAUCUCCAUCUCCUAACUUAUCCUUUAUUAUUUAUAAAGCUGCUUCUCACACGCACGUUAUAGCUUUCUAACACCACUCCAUAUCCCUGACAUUCCCUUCCUCCCCUGCUCCUUUAAUGCUUCUCCCUCCUCCUCCUCUAAUCAUCUUUCUUCUUCUUUUCCCAAUCUCCUAAUUAUCAUUACUUAAUGAUGCCUCUCGAAUCAUGGCUCACCAAAUUCAAAUCCGCCGCCGUGGUAAACCUACCCGACUUCUUACAUCGCAAGGCCAAGGUCUCCAUCCUCGCCUUCGAGAUCGCCGGCCUCAUGUCGAAGAUCCUUCAUCUCUGGCGCUCACUCUCCGACGCCAGCCUUGUCCGCCUCCGGAACGAGACCAUUAUGCUUCCCGGCGUUCGCAAGCUCGUCUCAGACGACGAUGCCUUCUUACUCGCCCUCGCAUGCGCUGAGCUCACGGAUGGACUUCGUUACGCCGUUGCGUCCAUCUCUGCUCUUUGUCGCCGCUGCACCGACCCUGCUCUCCGCCAGUUUGGUUGUCUAUUUAAGGAGUUCGGUGAUUCCGGCGGCGAUCCGCACCGCUGGGUGAUGACGUGGAAGGAGAUGGAUGCGAAGGCGAAGAAGAUGGACGGUUAUGUGGCUUCUGCGGCUGCGCUUUAUAAAGAGAUGGAUGAGCUCGCGGAGGCAGAGCGCGGCCUGGGAAAGGUUUUGGGAGCCGAGG